AUGAAAAUGUUUAUUUUGUUACUUCUACUUUUUGUUGUAAAUUCCAAUAUUGUGAAUAUAAAGUGGUGCAAAUACUCAGAUAAGAUGCAAUGUGUAGAAAUUGAAGAAGAAUGUCCAGUGUCUUUCGAGUGGAGUUCAUUGGAUAAUAAAAUUGAGUUGCCACUUAUUGACGACAAUUAUAAAGUAUGUUGCAAUAAAAUAACAAAAUUGGUUAUUAUAACAAACUUAACGUUAAUACACACUCUAUUUUUUUCAACCAAAAAUACAAGUUAUCAAUAUGUUAAACAGCGAAAUACUUUUCAACUUACGUUUUUAUCGCAUCAAAGCAAUAAAAAUGAAUUAAGUCGAUUAUUAUAUAAAAACACUACAUUAAAUAACACUUCAAUGACUUUAAAAGGCUCCUGUACCAAUUGUGUGACAUGUAGUGAUACAACAUGCACCAAAUGCUAUGAUGGGUAUUAUUUAUCUUCAGGCUCUUGUAGUUCGUGUAGUUAUAGGUGCGUCACAUGUUACGGUGGGUUAGAUACCCAGUGUUAUUCAUGUAAAAAUGGGUAUUAUUUAAAAGAUCCCAAUUACUGUUAUUCAUGUUCAUCUCCAUGUAAUUAUUGUACUACUGCCACAAGUUGUGUUACUUGCAAUCAAUAUUACUAUCUAUCAGGAACUUCGUGUCUUUCUUGUUAUUCUUCGUGUCUUUAUUGCAGUGGACCCAAUUCAAAUCAAUGUACCUCAUGUAAAUCACAUUAUUACUAUUCAAGUGGAAGUUGUAUUGCGUGUCAUUCUUCGUGUAAUUCUUGCUCGAGUUCAUCUUCAUCAAGUUGCAAAACAUGUUAUUCAAGAUACUAUAUGUUAAAUUCUCAGUGCUUUGCAUGUAGUGCAGAUUGUUAUAAUUGCAACGGUCCAACAAGCCAAAAUUGCACGAGUUGUGAUACCCAUUACUUUUUAUCAAAUAAAGAGUGCAAUGAAUGUCACUCGGAGUGUUAUCGUUGCAAUGGUCCUUAUCGAACAAAUUGUACAAGAUGUUAUGAUGGAUUUUAUCUUGAAUCAAGAUACAGUUCUUAUAAUAGAACUUGCGUUCCUUGUACAGACGGUUGCAUGUCUUGUACUUAUUAUUAUUGCAGAGAGUGUUAUCCAUAUUUUUUCCGGAAUAGUUCGAGAUUGUGUGAAAAAUGUUCAGAAGGGUGUCUCGACUGUUCACGUGUGACUUAUUGUUAUGCGUGUGAUAAAGGAUAUUAUACUAUCUCUAAUAACACUGGUAGAUAUUGUAAUAAAUGUGCGCCAGAGUGCCUUGAGUGUAGUGGAAACACUGGAUUAUCAUGUUAUAAAUGUGCUGAGAAAUAUUAUUUACAGUCUAAUAAAUGUCUAAAAUGUGAUUCGACGUGUUACAAUUGCACGGGAUCAGCAACAAAAUGCACUUCAUGUGUUGAAGGAGAGAGGUAUUAUCUCAAUGGAGUUUGUAAUACUUGUGAAAAUUGUAAGACUGGAAAGUGUUAUUCAUAUCCCAUUAUGUGUUCACAAUGUGAUGAUGGGUAUUAUUCACUCGAUGGAAUUUGUGUUUUAUGUGAUACAAACUGUUUAACAUGUGAAACUCAGUCCACAAAUUGUACGUCAUGUUAUAACGGAACUUAUUUGUAUGAUAACAAGUGCUUACCUUGUGAUACAUCAUGCACAUUUGAUUUUUGUGAUACUUUUAUUGGAUGUACACUAUGUAAACCAAAUUAUUUUCCCAAGAACAAAACGUGUCACUUAUGUAAUGAAAUAAACAAUUGUAACACAUGUAGUCAACUUUCAGAAAUUUGUAUAACGUGUAAUGGCGAAUUUAUAACACAAAUUGGGAAGUGUGUAUGUCCUGCUCAUAAAUAUCAAAGUGAAAUAAGCAAAUGCGACUAUUGUUAUAACAAAAUUGAUAAUUGUAAGAUGUGUGCAUAUUCAGGAGAUAAAGUAACAUGUUUGGAGUGUUAUCCGCCUUAUAUGGCAUCAAAUGGUAUUUGUACUCUGUGUAUAGACUAUUAUUAUUAUAAUCAAACAAAUAAAACGUGUUUACAAUAUAACAAUGGAUGUACCACACAACUUUAUGUUAAUAAGUGUUUAAAAUGUAAUGACAACUAUUAUUUAAAUAAAGGUAAAUGUAUACCUAACAAUUCAACAUGUGUGAGUAACUCGAAAAUAUCAUGUGAAGAAUGUAAUAAUGGAUUUUCUAUUAUAGGUGAGUGCUAUAGUUACAUGCAAUCCUGCAAAUACUUUAAUAACAAUAACAUGCAAAGUACUUGUUUUAAUUGUGAUGAUUAUUACGAAUAUAACAACAACAAGUGUGUGUUACAAAAUGAUGUUGAUUCGUAUAGUAGAAAUAAUGCAAAAUUCAAAUGUAAUGAUAAUGAAUAUGUUAAUGAAAAUAAUAAAUGUUCUCUAUGUAAUCAAUACAACCAAAACACCGCAAAGUGCAUUUUAAGUCAACAGACUGUGGUAUCACUAACUUGUGACAAAAAUGCAGUUAUUAAUUUGAAUUCCAAAAUGUGUAAUAAUGACAUUAAUUGUAUUCAAAAUGAACAAAGUGAUUGUGUUAAAUGUUCUAAAGAUACAAAUUACAUUUUAAAAAACAACUCUUGUACAAAACAUGUUAUUGAAAAUUGCGUAUUAUAUAACAAAAAUGUGUGUAUAAAGUGCGAAAAUAAUUAUUUAAUUGACAACAAUGUCUGUGUUAGAAUGGAACAACUAUACUGCAAACGGUCUCAUGGAGUAUCAUGUGAAGAGUGUAUACCUUCUUAUUAUAAAAGCAAUACGGAAAAUAGUGGUUAUUGCUUACCAUCAACAUUUAGAGAGAAAUAUCUCAUAUUGACAUCAAAUGCAAUUAGAACGAUUUACGAAUGUCAAAGUACAUAUGGUCUUUACGACAAUAGUUGCACUUUAGUUAGAACUUUUAAAUUAAAUAACCAAUUUAAUAAAGACUUAAAAACUUCAACCAAAUUAAUUAUAAAUGAAUAUGAUAAAAAGAAUCAAAAUAAUUUCAAAAAUAUGAAAAAUGAUGAUCUUACAAAUUGCGAAAUAAUGACAACUAAAGGAUGUGUAAAAUGCAACGAAAAGUUUUAUUUAUCAAACAACAAGUGUCUUCCAUGUGAAGGGAAAUGUGUGACGUGUUAUAAUUCGACGUACUGCCUUUCAUGUUCGACUGAUUUGUAUUUUUUGAAUGUCAAUAAUGAGUGUGAGUUAGCCAGUGAUUUACGCUCACGAUGUCAAAAUUCGAUGCCAAAUGAUGUUGGAUGUGCCAUAUGUAAAAAUGGGUAUUUUAAAGACAAGAACGAUUGUGUCAAAUGUGAUCCAUCGUGUUCCACAUGCACUGAAAUUUCAAAGUGUUUGACAUGUAUUGAUAACUACUUUUUGACACCAAGUGAGUCGUAUUUAUGUCAGUCUUUUGAUGGUUUAACAAAUUGUAUAGACAAAACAAAGAGUGGGUGUAAAUCGUGUGCUGACGAGUAUUACUUGAAUUUGGCAAAUAACAGGUGUUAUCAAUGCAACAGUGAGUGCCAAUUAUGCACAUCUGAUGUGUCGUGUACACUCUGUAAAAACAAUUACAUAUUAAAAAGUGAACUUUGCGAAAACAUCACAACAGUGCAAUUUUGUGUGAAAGCCUCACAUAAUUAUUGCACACAAUGUGAAAAUAACAAGAAAUUGAGUGAAGAUGGGUUGUCCUGUGUCGAUGACAAAACUUUGUUUUUGAAAGUUGGAGUGCCAAUUUUGGUUAUCUUCUUUGUCAUCAUAUUUGGCACCAUUUCAGUGAUUUUAUUGUUAAUUUAUUUACACCAGAGACAAAAGACGAAAAAAGAAGAAGCCAAAGUCUGUAUUUUCGACAUGAAAAAAUCAAAUGUGACGUUCACAAAUAUUUCAACGAAGAUUUGUAGUAACAAAAAGGUUCUUGAAUUUACUGGAGAGAGUGACACAGACAUCGAUGUCAAUGUAGAGAGUCGUGAAUUGCUGUGUAUUGGUAACAAAGGGAAAACGCCAAUUAAAAUUCAAUUUACUGUGAAGGAGGGGUGCGACCAAUAUUCUAUUAGAACAGAACCUAAAUUGGUGACACUCAAAAAGAACUUUGCAUGUGAAUUUGAAGUGUUUAUAACACCAAAUUUUUCGUCUAAAAUUGAAGAUGAAAUUGCGUGUGUGUGUCUUGAUGUGAACGAGGGGAAAGAAGAAGUCAUUCUAAUCAAAAUACGAGCAAGCACAAAGCCAUCGACACGACUAGAUUAUCACGAAUUGAUUGAAGAUAAGAAAAUAGGAGAAGGCACGUUUGGAACAGUUUAUAAAGGAACUUAUAGAGGAAAUCUGGUUGCUAUAAAACGAAUGAAAUUUUCUGUAGAAAAUUGCGACUCAACCAAAAUAGGAGGAACAGCAAAUUACACAAAUUUAAAUAACAAAACUAAUGAAAUGAAUAAUUCAAAUACACAACAAACUAAUUCGGGAACAGCGACACAGGAAAGUACAAAUUAUAACACAAAUGACACUUCGAAAAAUACCACAAAAAACAAUACAAACUUUUCAAUGACAGAAAACGACGAACAACGUUUUGAAGACUUUGCAAAUGAAGUUUCAAUGUUAGACAAAUUCAGAAGUGAGUAUAUCGUCCACUUUUAUGGCGCUGUAUUUGUUCCAAGUAAAAUUUGUAUGGUCACCGAAUUUGCUCAAUUUGGCAGUUUACAAGAUUUAAUGAAACACAAAAAGAAUGAAGAAGUUAAUAUAAAUGUGCGAACCAAAAUGUUAUUGGACUCUUCAAAGGGAAUUGAGUAUUUACAUACAAAUGGAAUUUUACACAGAGAUAUUAAGCCAGACAAUAUCUUAGUCUUUUCGUUGGAUAUCACAGAAAAAGUAAUUGCUAAGUUAACUGACUUUGGAAGUUCGAGAAACGUCAAUUUGUUACAGACGAACAUGACAUUCACUAAAAGUAUUGGUACACCUACUUAUAUGGCUCCUGAGAUACUAAAACAAGAGAAGUACAAAAAGAGUGCUGAUAUUUAUUCGUUCGGUGUUAUGAUGUAUGAGUGUCUUGGGUGGUGUAAUGCAUACCCAAAAACAUUCUUCAAAUUUCCAUGGAAAAUUGCGGAAUUCGUAACAUCGGGAAAACGUCUAGAAAAGCAAGAUAACAUGCCAACUCAACUUUUUGAUAUUAUUGAAAAGUGUUGGAAACAUAAUCAAAUCGAAAGGAUCACAUCUUCUAAAUUGGUCUGUGAAUUGGAAAACCAAUGCGUUCAAUAA